AUGGGGGCCCUCAGUGGUGGAGAUGGGGGCCCUCAGUGGUGGAGAUGUGGACCCUCAGUGGAGAUGUGGGCCCUCAGUGGUGGAGAUGUGGGCCCUCAGUGGUGGAGAUGGGGGCCCCUCAGUGGGGAGAUGUGGGCCCUCAGUGGUGGAGAUGGGGGCCCUCAGUGGUGGAGAUGGGGGCCCCUCAGUGGUGGAGAUGGGGGCCCUCAGUGGAGAUGGGGGCCCCUCAGUGGUGGAGAUGUGGGCCCUCAGUGGAGAUGGGGGCCCUCAGUGGUGGAGAUGGGGGCCCUCAAUGGUGGAGAUGGGGGCCCCUCAGUGGUGGUGAUGUGGGCCCUCAGUGGUGGAGAUGGGGGCCCCUCAGUGGUGGAGAUGUGGGCCCUCAGUGGUGGAGAUGGGGGCCCUCAAUGUGUGCUGAAAUUAGCUGACCGACCGUUUGAUGAAAUUUCCCGCUUAGUGCUUGGUAAAAAUAUUGAUUUGCUUAAAUUAGAAGUACGGGAAUGUUUUAAGGUGUUGAACAGCCGUAAGUAUUCAUUUUCUCAAGCUGUACCCUUGGAAUGGAAUCGCCCGAUGAUGGAUUAUUGUUACACCGCUAUGAGAUCUGCCUGCACGAAUCUGCCUUCCCAGAGAAGCUGCCUUCCCAGAGAAGCUGCCUUCCCAGAGAAGCUGCCUACCCAGAGAAGCUGCCUUCCCAGAGAAGCUGCCUUCCCAGAGAAGCUGCCUUCCCAGAGAAGCUGCCUUCCCAGAGAAGCUGCCUUGCCCAGAGAAGCUGCCUUCCCAGAGAAGCUGCCUUCCCAGAGAAGCUGCCUUCCCAGAGAAGCUGCCUUCCCAGAGAAGCUGCCUACCCAGAGAAGCUGCCUUCCCAGAGAAGCUGCCUUCCCAGAGAAGCUGCCUUCCCAGAGAAGCUGCCUUCCCAGAGAAGCUGCCUACCCAGAGAAGCUGCCUACCCAGAGAAGCUGCCUACCCAGAGAAGCUGCCUACCCAGAGAAGCUGCCUUCCCAGAGAAGCUGCCUUCCCAGAGAAGCUGCCUUCCCAGAGAAGCUGCCUUCCCAGAGAAGCUGCCUUCCCAGAGAAGCUGCCUUCCCAGAGAAGCUGCCUUCCCAGAGAAGCUGCCUUCCCAGAGAAGCUGCCUUCCCAGAGAAGCUGCCUACCCAGAGAAGCUGCCUACCCAGAGAAGCUGCCUACCCAGAGAAGCUGCCUAUCCAGAGAAGCUGCCUACCCAGAGAAGCUGCCUACCCAGAGAAGCUGCCUUCCCAGAGAAGCUGCCUUCCCAGAGAAGCUGCCUUCCCAGAGAAGCUGCCUUCCCAGAGAAGCUGCCUUCCCAGAGAAGCUGCCUUCCCAGAGAAGCUGCCUUCCCAGAGAAGCUGCCUUCCCAGAGAAGCUGCCUUCCCAGAGAAGCUGCCUUCCCAGAGAAGCUGCCUUCCCAGAGAAGCUGCCUUCCCAGAGAAGCUGCCUUCCCAGAGAAGCUGCCUACCCAGAGAAGCUGCCUACCCAGAGAAGCUGCCUACCCAGAGAAGCUGCCUUCCCAGAGAAGCUGCCUUCCCAGAGAAGCUGCCUUCCCAGAGAAGCUGCCUUCCCAGAGAAGCUGCCUUCCCAGAGAAGCUGCCUUCCCAGAGAAACUGCCUUCCCAUAGAAGCUGCCUACCCAAAAAAGCUGCCUACCAAGAGAAGCUGCCUUCCCAGAGAAGCUGCCUUCCCAGAGAAGCUGCCUUCCCAGAGAAGCUGCCUACCCAGAGAAGCUGCCUUCCCAGAGAAGCUGCCUUCCCAGAGAAGCUGCCUUCCCAGAGAAGCUGCCUUCCCAGAGAAGCUGCCUUCCCAGAGAAGCUGCCUAUCCAGAGAAGCUGCCCACCCAGAGAAGCUGCCUUCCCAGAGAAGGUGCCUACCCAAAGAAGCUGCCUACCAAGAGAAGCUGCCUCUUCUUUCAGCACCUAGACAAAUACCUUAUACAUUCUCCUGCAUUAUUGUGUUUACCUGUAUCACAGGCGGACACAUGUGUUCAGUUCAUGUGUCUUCAGCUAAUGUGUGUUCAGACGAAAGACAAAGGACACUGCCCAACAAUUUUUCUUCGCAUGACCGCUUCUUCCACAACAGCUCCCACCACAACAGUUCAGUGGAUGAUGUGCUUCCAGACAACCCCCUUCCCAGCAAUCCACCUCCCAGCGAGCCACCUCCCAGCAAGCCACUACCCAGCAAGCCCUCUCCCAGCGAGCCCUCUCCCAGCGAGCCACCUCCCAGCGAGCCACCACCCAGCAAGCUACCACCCAGCAAGCCACCUCCCAGCAAGCCACCUCCUAGCAAGCCACCUCCCAGCAAGCCACCUCCCAGCAAGCCACCUCCCAGCAAGCCACCUCCCAGCAAGCCACCUCCCAGCAAGCCACCUCCCAGCAAGCCACCUCCCAGCAAGCCACCUCCCAGCAAGCCACCUCCCAGAUAA